UGAAACAGCCAGCUCAGUAGCAAGCACGCUUUCACGAGAAUGUUGCAGCUUGGCGCUCGCAUUCGUAUUCAGGCACCAGCUAUUCUGCGCCAAUAUAACCUUCCAGGGCAGCGCCAUCCCAUGUGCUGAGAACCUCCCUUCGUGAAUAUUGGAAGGUCCAGCUAUCCUCCGUCUGGUCUUCAAUCAUGGCUUCAGAUCUGUGCCCUGUUUACUCGCCGUUCUUCGGAGCCAUGGGUUGUGCAACGGCGAUUGCAUUGACGACUUUCGGUGCUUCGUACGGGACUGCGAAAGCUGGUGUCGGAGUGAUGUCGGCAGGGAUACUUCGACCUGAUACAAUCGUGAGAAGCUUGAUGCCCAUCCUAAUGGCCGGAAUUGUCGCCAUUUAUGGUCUUGUCAUAUCGAUCCUCAUCUCAUAUGGUAUUUCAACCCGUCCAACACAUCUUGCAACUAGCUUCACGCAGCUUGGAGCCGGUCUCGCUGUUGGGUUGUCUGGACUUGCGUCUGGCUUCAGCAUCGGCAUAUGUGGGGACGCCGGUGUGCGAGCUACUGCUCAGCAGCCACGUCUAUUUGUCGCAAUGAUGCUAAUUCUUAUAUUUGCGGAAGUCCUUGGCCUGUAUGGCAUGAUUGUGGCAAUGCUGCUGUUGGCAAGAGGUGCUGGUAGCGGAUGCUAGAUUUGAACAAGCAGAAAGUCAACAGGAACGCUUCUUGAAGAGUGGCUUUACAGCCUUACCGCUCCUCAAAAAGAACAAGCCUCUUGACAAAAAAGGGAGCAUCAUGUGGCUUUGUCUAACAAAAGCGCUCUCGUCCCAGCAAGCAGUCUUCUUGUUGUUCGAGGCCAUAUUUCUGUAGUUCACCUUAG